GAUAAGUUUAUAGUAUAUAUAUAAAGUCAGUAAAUAAAAAAAGGUAUUUAGUCAUUAUUUAUAGUGUUAACAAUGGUUCCUAUUUUGUUUAUACUCGGGCUCACCGUUGUGGCAGCUCUGCCCAACGGUAUCUACAUCCGCCGGGCCCCGGGUCCUCGCUACCAGCACGUGCAGGACGGCCUGGGCAGGCUACACCUGGUGGACCUCUGGCAGCCAGCCACCGACUUCAACGCCAGAUACUACCCAGACACAGAGAAUGUUUACCAUCUUUUUACUAGAUUGAACCCGUCAGUAAGCCAGCCCAUUGUGCCUGGUAAUGAGCAGCUGCUAAAGGCAUCCAACUUCGACGCAUCACGUAGAACAGCUGUGCUCAUCCACGGCUGGUUCGACAAUGCUACUGGCAACUUUAACGCUGUAUUACUUGCUGCUUUCUUGGCGGCAGAAGACAUGAAUGUGAUCGUGGUGGAUUGGAGUGCAGGAGCCAGUACCUUCAACUAUAACAGGGCUAUCGAAAAUACUGUUCUAUCUGGUGGUGCGGUUGCUCGUUUCAUCUCCUGGAUUAACAGCGUGACUGGAGCUGACCUGGCGGACUACCACAUCGCCGGGUACAGCCUGGGGGGCCAGCAGGCUGGUAUUGCGGGGAGAAACCUCGACGGGAAGGUUGGAUAUAUCACCGGCUUGGACCCCGCCGGCCCCGGCUGGGUUGACUUCGAGCACACAUUCAGGGCAUCCGAUGCUGUAUACACUGAAGUGAUGCAUACCAACGUGGGGAGCUCAGGAUACCUGGAGCCACUGGCACAGGUGGACUUUUACCCGAAUGGAGGGGAUAACAUGCCUGGCUGUGUGUUCAACUCUUGCAGUCAUGAUAGAUGCUACCACUACUUCGCUGAGUCCAUCCGUGAUGGAGGGUUCACAGGCGUCAAGUGUGAGAGCUACGAACACGCGCUUGUAGGAGACUGCCAUCUACCGGAGACAUUGAACAUGGGAGGACUCGAACCUAAGACUGGAAAAACUGGAGUCUACUACUUGGAAACCAACGCAGCAUCACCCUUCUCAAAAGGCUAAACCAACCAAAGAUUAGAAAAUAAGAUUAUUAAGUAAUAAAAUUAAAAAAAAUAUAUAAAAAA